AUGACGUUGGAAGCGCUACCCUAGGCUCUUCUUAGCCGAUCGCACGCGUGUUGCUGGCACAGAGCAGGUUGAGAAACAGAAGUUUUCAUUCUCUCUCUCUCUCGCCCUCUAGUGCCAUAGCCUGGAGCACGCGACACACACAAAGCGGGCUCUUCUUGCUGCUUUCAUUCAGUCUGUUAGAAAGUUGCAGUCAAGUGUUUUAUCAUCUGCAUCAUGAAUCUAACGGCUGCAAACCACCGCAUACCUCUGAACGACGGGAACAGCAUCCCCGUGAUUGGACUUGGCACCUAUGCUGACCCCAGAAAAACUCCCAAAGGUACCUGUGCCGAAUCAGUGAAGAUUGCCAUUGAUGCUGGUUACCGCCAUUUUGAUGGGGCCUUUGUGUACUACAACGAGCAUGAAGUGGGACAGGCCAUCUGGGAGAAGAUUGCAGAAGGAAAAGUAAAACGAGACGAAAUCUUCUAUUGUGGCAAAUUGUGGAAUACAUGUCACCCACCGGAGCUGGUGCGUCCAACUUUGGAGAAGACGCUCAAGAUUCUGCAGCUGGAUUAUGUUGAUCUCUAUAUUAUUGAGCUGCCAAUGGCAUUCAAGCCUGGAGAUGCAAUCUACCCUAGAGAUGAAAAUGGAAAAUAUAUCUACCAUGAGACAAACUUGUGUGCCACUUGGGAGGCUUUGGAAGCAUGUAAAGAUGCUGGCUUGGCAAAAUCUAUUGGAGUGUCCAACUUCAACCGCAGGCAGCUGGAAAUGAUUCUGAACAAGCCCGGGCUCAAGCACAAACCUGUCAGCAAUCAGGUUGAAUGCCACCCAUAUUUCACUCAGCCCAAGCUCUUAGAAUUCUGUAGACAACAUGACAUUAUCAUUGUUGGGUACAGUCCACUAGGAACCUCAAGGGAUGAAACAUGGGUAAAUGUGUCUUCCCCUCCUUUACUGAAGGACCCUGUGCUGAAUGUCAUUGGGGAAAAAUACAACAAGACGGCAGCACAGGUUGCUCUGCGUUUCAGCAUCCAACGAGGGGUGGUAGUCAUUCCCAAAAGCUUCCAUCCACAGCGGAUCAAAGAAAACUUCCAGAUUUUUGACUUCUCACUUACUGAUAAAGAAAUGAAGGACAUUGAAGCCCUGAAUAAAAACACCCGUUAUGUGGAGUUGCUGAUGUGGCGUGACCAUCCGGAGUAUCCCUUCAAUGAUGAAUAUUGAAAAUAAACCAUAGCAGCAUAUAUUCAACUCAGUAUUGUGGGGCUGGGUCCAAACACACCUAGUUCUAAAGGUGGGGCUUUCACUGUAAUGGAGACUUUCCAGAACAUCAGAAUUAAAACAUGAAUGAAGUUACAGUU